UCUGCACAAAUACGAAUGGAAAAUACCUUUGUAAAUGCAUAUUGGAUAUAGAGGAAAUAGGAGAGAUUGUACAGAUAUGGAUGAAUGUGCAGAUGCAAAUGCGAAUACAUGUGAUUUAAACGCAAACUGCAAGGAUCAACAGUGUUGUUUCAUAUUGUUGUGAAUGUAAAGCUGGAUACGAAGGAAAUGGGUGACAUUUCACAGAUAUCGAUGAAUGCGUUUUCAGCCCUUGUGAUGUGAAUGCCAACUGCAGAAACACAAUUCGUUCACACUUGUGUGAGUGUCAUACUGCUUAUGAGAAAAAUGGGAGAAGAUGUACAGAAAUAUUUGUGAUCGUUGGACCUGAUGGCGGAUCGAUGGAUUCUCUUCAGCCUCCUGUUUAUUUUUGCAAUACUAACCUGGCGGAUUGAUGCAGUAAUUGAAGAUUGGGAGGAGAGGUUUCAGGUGGAACAAUCGUGGGAUGUUACGAACCUUAAAGAUGUAAAUCAAGAGGACGAAUCAAGUGAUCAGUUGUUUGCACUUCGUGAACAACCGGUGACAAAACUCUGCGUGAGAAAGGAGACUGUGGAGGCCUCACAAAGUGGAAGUUCCAAUGGAAGUGGAAAUACCAAUGGAACUGGAAGUGGUAGUGCCAGUGGAAGCACGCCAGAAAUUGACGAAUGCCAAUCUCCCUCAUGUCAUUCCAAUGCUACGUGCAAUAACACAGAUGGAUCUUAUAUUUGCACAUGUAAUUCUGGAUAUACUGGAAACGGAUUUAACUGCACAGAUGUCGACGAAUGCCAAGGAUCCCCCCUUAUUUGGCCAUGUCAUUCCAAUUCUACGUGCAGUAACGCAGAUGGGUCUUAUAUCUGUACAUGUGAUUCUGGAUAUAGUGGUGAUGGCAUUAACUGCACAGAUGUUGACGAAUGCCUAACAUCUCCACCAUGUCAUUCCAAUGCUACGUGCAAUAACACAGAUGGAUCUUACUCUUGCACAUGUGAUUCUGGAUAUACUGGAGAUGGAUUUAACUGCACAGAUGUUGACGAAUGCCAAACAUCUCCCCCUUGCCAUUCCAAUGCUACGUGCAAUAACACAGACGGGUCUUAUAUCUGCACAUGUGAUUCUAAAAGGUUUCCUGAAAUUACCAUUUCAGAUAUUGGCGAAUGCCAGAUAUCUUCUCCUUGUCAUUCCAAUGCUACGUGCAAUGUUGACGAAUGCGUAACAUCUCCCCCAUGUCAUUCCAAUGCUAUGUGCAAUAACACAGAUGGAUCUUAUAUUUGCAUGUUGACGAAUGCCAAACAUCACCCUCGUGUCAUUCGAAUGCUACAUAUUAACGAAUGCCAAAUAUCCUUUCCUUGUCACCCUGACGCAACCUGCAUUAACACAGAUGGGUCUUAUAUCUGCAGAUGUGAUUCUGGAUAUAGUGGAGACGGAUUUAACUGCACAGAUGUUGACAAAUGCCAAACAUCUCCCCCAUGUCAUUUCAAUGCUACGUGCAAAAACACAGAUGGGUCUUAUAUCUGUACAUGUUAUUCUGGAUAUAGUGGCAACGGCUUUUACUGCACAGGUAGAACGAAGUAA